AUGGCUACGAGACAUCUGGUUGUCAUUAGCCAGCGGCUGCCGCCAGGACCCAUCCUGACCUUUCGGGAGAUCUGGAAUCGUAGUUUCUGCCGGCCUCUGGAGCAGCUGGUGGAUGUCAUUACCGAGUUCCCCAACGAGGUGGAGUACAUUUUCAGACCCUCCUGCGUCUCCCUGCAGCGCUGCGGAGGCUGCUGUGGGGACGAGGGUCUCCGCUGCGUCCCGGUGGAGACAAGCACGGUCACCAUGCAGCUCCUGAAGAUAAAGCCAAAUGGGGAGGCACCCUACGUGGAGAUGGCGUUCACCGAGCACAGGCAGUGCGAGUGCAGGCCCCGGCAGGACCUGAUGAGGUUGGGAAGAUGUGGCACGCCACGCAGGUAG